CGACCAUGGCCUCCCCUGCACCUACCCAACUACACACCGACAUUCUCAUAAUCGGCGGAGGUCCAGCAGGUCUCACUCUCGCAAGAUCAAUACAACAUUUCUCACAAAAUCCCCGUUCGAUCCUCAUCCUAGAACGCGAUCUCGCUCCCCAAGGCCCAGAUCGUAUCGUAGGCGAACUCCUCCAGCCUGGGGGGGUAAACGCUCUCCGUGCACUAGGACUGCAAGGUGCACUCGAAGGGAUACACGCUGUCCCCGCAAAAGGGUACUGUAUAGUCAACACGGCCCAAGAUGCCCAGGUCAGCGUUCCCUACCCAGAAGGCGAACAGGGCAGGUCAUUCCACCACGGUGCGUUCGUCGCUGCUCUCAGGCGGGAAGUGGCCACCACCCCGGGGGUAACCCUGCAAGAAGCGACCGUGCACUCCCUGCUCGAGGACCCGCAAACCGGGCGUGUAAUAGGCGUAACCGCCACGCCGAAAAACGGUGAUCCCACUCCAUUCCCAGCAGACCUCGUCAUAGUAGCCGACGGACAUGCCUCCAAGUUCCGGCACAUCCUCCUCCGCUCCCCUGCCCCGAUCACAAGGAGCCAUUUUGUCGGUCUGGUGCUACACGGCGCCCGCCUUCCGGUAGAAGAACACGGGACGGUCGUGCUCAUCCCCGGACAGGGGCCGGUGCUCAUGUACGGCCUCGCACCGGGCGAUACGAGGAUCCUGAUCGACGUGCGUGGGAAGCUGCCUUCCUCUUCUACCGGAGCACUCCAAGCGCAUAUCCGGACACAUGUACUCCCUCACCUGCCACAAGCGUGCCAAGCACCGCUAGAAUCCGCAUUACAGACCCAGCGUCUGCGGAGCAUGCCCAACUCCUAUCUUCCCCCCUCAUUGCAAGCAACGCAGCAGCACAAGCAAGGCGUCCUCCUCGUCGGCGACGCGUUCAACAUGCGCCACCCGCUAACAGGAGGAGGCAUGACAGUCGCUUUCUCCGACACGCUGCUCCUUGGGAAGCUGCUCGCUCCCUGCUUCCCCUCAGACUGGGCCAGCGUCGCCCGCGCCCUGCACCGUUUCCACCUCCAACGCAAGCCUCUAGCGAGCACGAUCAACAUCCUCUCUCUAGCGCUGUACGACUUGUUCGGCGCCUCCUCCCCCGAGCUCGCAACGCUCCGUCAAGCAUGUUUCGACUAUUUCCUCCUAGGGGGCGAGUGCAUCCGGGGCCCGGUAGGCCUUCUCUCAGGGCUCGAACCGCGCCCCGCACUGCUGUUUUACCACUUUUUCGCCGUGGCACUAUACGCCGUCUGGCGUGUGCUCACUCGGCCCGCAUCGCCUAUAUCCGAGUCGGGGGAUACGCCGCUGUACACAUCGGGACAUGCCCAUCUGACGCUUGCGAGCGUGGGCAGGGUGUGGGAAAUGUUCAGGUUGUUGUGGGUCGCUUGUGUGGUGUUCUUGCCCCUGAUGUGGGUGGAGAUGCAAGAUCUUACGAGGGCUUGGUGGGGUGGGUUGACGCUCUAGCCCCCAGCCCCCUCCCGGGCGGGGAGCAAGCGAAGGGGGUGAGACUUGGGAAUGGACUGAAAGCACACCCUCGCCUUCUUGGCAGGGCUGGGGUUGGAGAACUUCACUUACUUGGUAGAUGCUGUACGCAGCUAGGAAUGGUAAUCGAGCCCUAUUCAC